AAAAUGUUAAUUAAAAUGAUAUUCGUAAUUAUUUUGUUCCUUGAAUGCAUAAAGACAGCCAAUUUAAAACUUAGUUCCAUCCUACCAGUUGACCAUGAAGAUGAACAUAAUGAGAAUAAUGAACCAGACGAAGCUGGAAAUGAUGAUGAUCUUAUGGAUGAGCAAUUUACUGAGCUAGAAAAUUGCAUAUGGAACUCAUUGCUGGCAAAAGAGCACGCACAUUCACCAAGACAAAUUCAUCCUUUAUUGAGUCCUCCUCCAGAAUAUCCACUUAAAUUCAGUGUAGAAAAUUUGGUGGUCGAACAAGUUGAUACGUUAUCCCGCGCAAGUAUGGAGUUUAACGUUUUUGGCCAUAUACUUUUGUCUUGGAAUGAUUCCCGAUUGCAGUGGGAAAAAUCUGAAGAAGAUCGGAGACGUGAACUUUGGACGCCUGAUUUUAUGGAUGAUUCUUACCCCGAGGAAAGAAAUGAUUGUUGCCUUUUUCUUGGUCUGGCAGAUAUUGGUCGCACAGUAGAGUUUACCGUCGGAGCCAAAAGUAAAUUUGCUACUUUGGCAAAACGAGUACAUGUAAGACGUGAUCGGCCCAUGUCUGCUGUUGUUAUUUCUAAUCUUAUGGAGACAUCGCCGUGGGCUAGCCAAGCAAUUGAACCAGCCCGUGUAGAUGGCUCUCGAAGUGACAGUCUUCGUCUUUGUGUUCAAUCAAAAAAGGAGAUGAGCACACUUCGAAUUGCUCUUAGGAUUCCAGUUACAAUCGCUACACUAUUGACACUUGUUUCACCUUUGUUUGGUGAUUUGCGUACACAAGCACUUGUCAAAUGCUUGACUUUAUUGCUCCAAACAAUAUGCUUUCUUUUCCUUUGUUCCAUCGCACCAGCUAGUGGAUUUGGCGGCUCAAAACCAAAACUCUAUACCUUCUAUGAAUUCAUGUUUACUUUGACUUUUCUCUCGAUCCUGGUACUUAUUAAAGUUCUUUUCAAUAUCAGACACUUUAAGGUAACAACUGUUUGUUUGGCACUUAGUCGUAUGAAAAGGACUGUGCCAGCUACCCAUAGUGUCUAUCUAGGCGCAAAGAUGCUCAACCACUUCUUGUGUUGCAUCGAGCCAGAUCCUGCUACAUCAUAUCAGCGACAUUUAGAGGAUGAUACAACAAGCACUCGAGACAUGCCAAAUCAUGGACAAGCAUUACAAAACGAUUACUCAAUGGAAUGGCGACACAUUUACAUUGCCAUCAACAAUCUCUUCUCGGGUUUGUGUUUCUCACUUUUCUGUUUUAUCGUCAUUUUUGAUAUAAUGUGAGAGGGAAAUUGGAACACCAAUGAUCUCAAGAAAUGCCAAACUCAAUAUCAUAUCACCAUUAAA